AACAGGAGUGUGUGACGGCGGCAGGCAGAGAGAGAGAGAGGAAGCGACGCGGAUGACACGAACAUACACACCCUCUCUCUUUCUCACAUACGGAGAAGAGGACAGCGAAGAAGAAGAAAAGACAGAGAGAAGGAGGAGAAGAAGAAGAGGAGGAGAGGGGAAAGCGCAGAGUGAGAAAGAGAAAGAAAUCUGGGGAGAAAUGCCCGCUGGACGGAUGGAUUUUAUUUUCCCCGAACUGUACGAGCCUCUGUAAGACAACAUGGGCUGCAUAGGAUCCCGGACGAUCACAGUGGAUGCGGUGCCGGUACAGAAAGAUGGGGAUCAGCAUGGCCAUUCCGAGUUUUCCUUGGACGGAAUCAAUUUGUCCAUGGAGGACACUACAUCCAUUCUGCCACGCCUCAAGAGGAAUCCCCCCCAGGCCUAUGGGAUCGGCGCUCUGGCUAAGUCCUCUCUGACAGGUGUGUCAGGUGUGUCUCGCUCCAUGAAGGACAAAGUGACCAAGCCCACUGCCAUGGCCCAUGGUCGCGUUGCCCAUAUGAUCGAGUGGCAGAGCUGGGGUAAACCAUCUGCGGGGCCGGCGGUGAGCGCGGUACAUACCAGCCUGCUGAGGGAGGAGAGGAGGAUUGAGAGCGACGCUUACAGCGACCUGAGUGACGGCGAGAAGGAGGCUCGCUUUGCUGCAGGCAUCAUGCAGCAGUUUGCGAUCUCUGAGGCGACUCUGUUUGGCUGGAACUCGAUGGACGGGGAGAGUAUGGGAGCCGGCUCCAACCAGGGUAGCGUCGCUCACCUCAGCGAGGUCAACCAGGAGAGCAUCACCAGCAGAGACCAGGUGCUCCACCACUCCUCGGCGGACGUCUGGCCUCACACCUACGUCUCACAGGGCCUGUAUUGUCUGUCGUCCUCUGACGCCUGGGAACCAAUCACCAGCCAGCCCUCGGGCAUGGCUUCACCUGCUGCAGGCUCCUACAUCAUGGCUACCGGUGGCAGCAGUGGAACAGCGGGUACACCUGGUGAGGGGUACGAGGGGACGGUAGGCGGCUUCCUUCAGCAGCAUCAUUUCACCCUGCAGCAGCAGAAUCAACUCCAACAGCUCCAACAUAUUCACCAGUUCCAGCAGCAACAGUUUCUGCAGUACCAACAACAACAGUCUAUGGAGCAAAGGCUACAUAGUGCCUCCCAUUCCCUCCAAGCCACUCCCAACAGCACCAUCCACAGUCUCGGUCCUCCCACCCACCCUCGGCUAGCUGACCUGUGGGGAGCUGCGCUGGUCGAGGCACACCACGGGGAGAUCAUCGGGCAGCUGAACGGACAGAUGGCUGACAUGGUCGGGGGAGUGGAGACCGUCGGAGAGGAGCCAGAGACCGAGUCUGAAGGCAUCCCUGAGCAGCAUGAAGAGGAAGAGGAGGAGCUGACAAAGGUAGAAGAGGUAACAUUAAUCUUAGAGCCGGAGCCCUGCUCUUUGACCCCGUCCCCACUGAGGGAGGAUGUCCCCUUGACCAGAGGUUCAAGCCCAGGACUUCCAGCACAGAUCGGCCAAUCUGUCACGGGGAGGAAACCGUUUGAAGUCACGCCCUGCAUAGUCCAAUCAUUAGAGGAGUAGGACGAAGACGCGGACGAUUGCUUCAUUGAUAUUGUUUCGACCAACUGAAUCAGAGGGCCAGAAAAAAAGGGACAAAAAAAGGAAAUAAAUACUUCAAUAAUCAAUCAAGCUAUUCCAACCUAACCCCAAACCCCCUACCAACUAUUUACCCACUUUGAGUCAGAGGAAAUAUGAAAGACUUUUUAAGACGAAAACGUGGGAUGUAACAUACACAAACUAAAUGCCAAGAAUCCCCUAAAGUAACUGCGGGACAUGUGGAAUCCUCCAAAGGAAAAAAAGAAAGAAGAACAAAGGUAGGACAAGAGGAAGGAAAUGGCCUAGUUAAAAAUCAGUAUCAGUGCAAUACAACAAACAUGGACACAACAAGGUCAAAAAGUAUUUGCAAAUAAUUCUGAGUGGUUGAUGCAGGUGUAGCGUAUCCCAUUCGAAAAAUCCUGCAGAACCAGAAACUUUACCUGGUCACAGUUCACCGUUUGAUUUGCUAAGUAAUGCACUUUUCUUUGAUUGACAGCUUGUUUGAGCCCUAGUUUAGAUGUUCUGAUGAGGUAAACCACUGUCCAAUCUGACACUCAGAGGCAACGUCCACACUGUGAGACUUAGUGCUCAAUUUGGAUUUAUUGCUUUUUUUGGCAUAAUUUCGUUAAAAAUGUGGCCAAUAUCAGAUUCCAGUGUGAACAGGUCACAGUCCUGAACUGACUGGCAUGCGCAAAAGAACAAUAACAAAGACGUCACACACAGCGCAAUGUCGUACGGAAGUAAACCUUGAGUCAGCAUGUAUGGUUUAAUUUAUAAGUUGUGGAAGCCAGCUAACUCGCAGAUGAUGAGCACGAAGAGAAAGAGAGACACAUUUUUAAGUAUGGCUUUGGUGGGAAUGUGACGUAAAUCAAAGAGUGACUCCUGCCAGAGGGCAGAAUGGUGACGAAGUUGAUCUAGAGUGAUGUAAAAGUCACAUGAACUCCAAUAUGACCGUUCAGACUGAAGUCGCAUUGCAAAGAAAUCAGACCUGAAUCUGAUAUAAAGAAGGACCACAUGUCUGUGUGAUUUGUGCUGUUCAGACUGUCUGAAAAAACAGAUCUGAGUCACAUAUGCUCAAAGAAAGAUCAGUAUUUGGCCACUUUUGCCUGCAGUAUGAGCGUAGCUUUACCUGUGACGCACACUUGGAGUUAUUUGCAAACAUUUGAUCUGGACACAACCAAAAGAAAGUGCAUGCUUUUUGACAGUGACCUAGCCCUAACAGUAUAACACAGUAUACAAAGUAAUAAUAUAUCAAAUUGCUUUUAUAAUAAAAUAAAAAAUCCAAUAAACCGAUAUGUAUUUGUAUGAAUGUAAGACUGUAUGUAUGAAUGUAGCUUUGUUUGUGUGUAAAAAUAUAUAUAUUCUGGGAAACAGA